GGAUCAUUUGGGAUUGGAUUUGGAAAGGAGACAAAUGGAUGAUCCUGAUCGGAUUUGGACUAUCAAAACUGGAUUAGAACAGAUUGUUCAAUCAGCCUCUACUGAACUUGCUCGGUUACAAGAUACAGACUGUAGAUCACCUAGAGAUAAACUAGCGGUCUGUGUACGUGUCCAUAAGUUGAUCAUGGUCUUGCCACUUUACCGCCAAUCCCGAUUAAAAAAGAUGGACCAGGACCGUUACAAGACACAACAAGACCAUCUUCUCCAGCAUCGACAGUAGAGAUGACAACGACUACGCCUACUAAAUCACAUAGACGUGGGAUCAGUUCAAGUAGUUUACCUACGCCUACACCUUUAAGACCUCGUAAUCCGAUUGCAGAUUUAGCAGACGCACUUGAAACUGAACUCAAAAUCCCACAAGUUUCUUUAGCACCAGAAGAGCCGAAGAAAGCAGAAGAUGAAAGUGAAGCUGAAGUCGAACCUUCGUCUAGCAAGAGCAGCAGUAGUACAGAUUUAAUUUUACCUAUUUUGAUUUAUAUGAUCAUUAAAAGUAAUCCGACUAAUUUGAUAUCUAAUUUAAGAUAUAUAAGAAGAAAUCGAUUUAAACAAUUCUUAAAAGGAGAAAGUGAUUAUUGUUUAGUGAAUUUUGAAGU